AUGCCGCCCAGAUCUUCUCUAACGUCUUCCUUUUCAAUCACCGACUCCAACAAUGAAGUCGUGUGUCCUCUGCGAAACCAGGAUGGAUCUAGCUGUAGGAAGAGAUGCAUCGGUGAAAAACGAUACCGUUCCAUGCAAGAGCACAUCCGCCGAGCACACCCUGAGCACUACAUUUCGAAGCUCCCAGCGACCGAGGAAAGCUUUCUGCUCAUGAUAAACACCCCUCCGUCUGAACGUCCACCGAUGCAGCAGCCAAACGCGACCUCUGUUCCCCAGGGUUCGUCCCUCUCAAUCCAGGGCUUCUCCUCAAAGAUUGACCAUCCUCAAGGCUUCAAUCACGACCGCCAUAUGUACGACAAUAGUAAUCCGGGGACGCCCCGGGUCUUGGAAGACCACACUGUCAGCUCCCUGCUUCCCACGGCCAGUGCUGCUGCUGCGCUAGCUCAGUUGCAUGGUCACAAAGUCGAACCCGAAUGGGAGUCUGAGAUGGGCUGGCACUCCGAUAGCGAAGGACGCCGGAUUCCCAGGACAUCAAUCGAGCUGCCGCCACUGCACUUGUCCAAUAACGACAUUACUAGCGAACCGUUCCCGGCCAUGAACUCGAGCAGGCCGCGGGACAUACUUCCGUCAAUCCUAACAAAUUCGCCUCCUGGUCGCUCUUCGACACUGCCGCCAAUCCAGCGACCCGUGGGGCCCGCGCGACCUAGGAAACAGUCCGUCACUAAGAGGGGCAGGGAAGCACACCAUAAGAAACAGAAAUCUCGUGGAUCGGCAGCAGACUGGCUUCGACGUAUCCAGAACGAUGAACGGCUUAGACCAGGUAAUAAUGACCGUAAGGCGUUAUCGGCUGAACCUUCUGCAGACUAUGGGAAAAGGUGGGAAGACCUCAUCGAUGCUGCCGAUCAGGCUGCAUCGGCCGCCGGCGACAUUGAUGAGGAUAGGACUCCCAUGCCUCAAUCACCAGUUUCCAUUCACAGGGCGUCGUUGCCUCCGUUUCAACACCACCACGGAUUCCAAGCAGCAGCUGGAGGAAACUAUCAAGCCUCACCUCUACAGCAAGCCCUGACCCCGCCAUCCUACAGCCAGGACACGAUUGACCCAUUUCCGUCGGUUGAAAGUGGUGAGAGCGGGGAGAACUUCCACAUCGAGUCGCGAGGCUUAUCAGAUUCCUCACCGAGCUAUUCGUCUCAAAAUACCCAAAUCUAUUGCGCAGCCUGCCAGAGCGUCUCACUGCUCAAGGACUCGUAUGCCUGCACAGAAUGCAUUUGCGGCCUGUGUCAAGCGUGUGUCGAUGUUCUUAUGGCAGAGCAGGGGGCCCGUCGCAAGUGCCCCCGUUGUGCCACGAUUGGCGGUCGGUUCAAGCCAUUCCAGCUUGACAUCCGGUGA